CAUUCAGGUUCAAAGAUGACACAAGUGAUCCUCGCGUGUAACCUGCAGGGAGCGCCGCCCCCUGCAUACCAAAGCAACCGCAUGUUUGCCGCGAUUGUAGUGGGUAAUAAGCCUUGAAAUUAAAGCGCACAUCAGUGUAUUGCUGUGCCGAGACGAGAGGUGCGGAACCAAGGCAGCAAGCACUCUUAUUCCAGUGCCUUCUGAGACGGCAGCGGGACAGACUGGCGCUUGGAAUAAGGCGGCAUUAAUAAAGUGUGGCGUGCAGAAUUGCAGAAAUGAAGACAUACAUAAUCCUUAGUGUGAUUCUGAGAUGUGUUUUCUCACAAGAAGGAGAUGAAUCCAUCACAUAUACACAGUGCACUGAUGGGUAUGAAUAUGAUCCAGUCAGACAGCAAUGUAAAGACAUUGAUGAAUGUGGCAUAUUUGUGGAUUCUUGCAAAGGAGGAUUGAAGUGCUAUAACCAUUAUGGUGGAUAUCUCUGCCUCCCAAAAACAGCAAACAUAAUUGUGUCACCACCACCACCUGCAGAGACUUCCACUACAAGGAACCCAAACUUACCAAGGCCUGUGCCAUGUGCAGUAGGGUUUACUCUAGAUGAACAGAACAAGUGCCAAGAUGUAGAUGAAUGCCAAAAAGGAACUCACAACUGUAGUCCUGGGCAAACUUGUUAUAACACAAGAGGUUCAUUUACUUGUCAAUGCCCUCCUGGAUAUCAGAUACAUGGGGACCAGUGCAUAGACAAAGAUGAAUGCAGCCAGCCCCCUUAUUGCCUUCAUCGAUGUGUGAAUACACCUGGUUCUUAUUACUGUCAGUGCAACACAGGCUUUCAGUUGGCAAGUAACAAUCACACUUGCAUAGAUGUCAAUGAAUGUGAAGUUAAUAAUCCCUGCCAGCACCAGUGCUAUAACAUCAUCGGUUCAUUCAUGUGCCAGUGUGACCAAGGGUAUGAACUCAACAGAGAUCUUACAACAUGCAGGGAUAUUGACGAGUGCAGUUUUUCAAGUUAUAUGUGCCAGUACCAGUGUGUAAAUCAGCCUGGAUCCUACUCCUGCAUCUGCCCUGAAGGAUAUCAAUUACAAGGCACAAGAAUGUGCAAAGAUAUAAAUGAGUGUGAAACAGGAAAUGUCUGUGUAGAGGAUGAAAUGUGUUGGAACUAUUAUGGUGGUCAUCGGUGUUAUCCAAGGAACCGCUGUGAGGAACCAUAUAUUCGUACAGCAGAAAACCGCUGUGUCUGUCCCUCAGGAAAUAUGCUCUGCAGGGGUCUGGCACAUUCGAUUGUCUAUAAAUAUAUGAGCAUUCCCUUAGACAGAGCAAUACCAGCAGACAUUUUUCAGAUUCAGGCAACCAAUAUCUAUGCAAAUACUAUCAACACCUUUCGGAUAAAAUCUGGAAAUGAAGGGGGAGAGUUCUUUCUCAGGCAAUCCAGCAAUGUCAAUGCCAUGCUUGUUUUGGUCAAACCUGUGACUGGACCGAGGGAGUACAUCGUUGAUCUUGAGAUGAUCACAUCCAACACUCUUCUCAACUAUCGGUCGAGUUCCUUGUUAAGGCUGACAAUAAUUGUGGGACCAUAUCCAUUUUAAUCACAAUGUCACAAAACCAAAAAACACAGUAACACUAACAAGUAUUCAAGACUUUGUGGUUUUUAUAUUGGUAUUACUUUAUUUUUAGGGGCAACUAAGAAACAUGCUGAUAUACAGUAGUCAUUAUUUCAGAUAUUACAGCUCCUGAUUUACUUUAUCUGGAAAUCUGAGACAUGUCCAAUUAACAAAUGAUGUUAUUGUAAUUUUAUGUUGGAAGGUAUGUUGAUUGUGACAUUUGUAAUCAGUAGUUGUAGCUGCUGCUUCCUCUAGGCAAUGCAUAACUGGAUCAUGGUAUAGAUCCAUCAGCCUGUAUACAAAAUAGCAAUAAUUUUAUAGAGAUUUUUUAAAAGUUACUUACAAGCAACUAUGUCAUCUUAAUAUCUAUUUUAAUGUACAUUUCUGUGUACAUAAUGAAGUAGACAAUUCUUCCAGAUUGGUGUCUAACUGCUUUUAAAAUCAUUGACUUGUGAUUUAUGUAUAAAUUCUUGUGCAUUUCCUGUUUGCAUAACGGAAUUUACCAUGCUGAUGGAAAGAAAAUGCUUUGUUAUUAUUAGAGCUUGUUUUGAACCAGAGCUAUAACUACAGCUUUGAAGCAGAGCGUAACAUGUAAGGCUAAAUAAAUGUCAAAUGUUGGUGUUAGUGUUACCAACUCUAUCUCUUAUCUUAAAAUUGCACAAAAUUAACAAAUGAUAUCAGGAACUAAGGUAUUAGUUUUAAGAAAUGAUUCAUCUGUUCUUCAGCUGAGAAAAGGCAAUUACUUACAUGUUAGCGACAAAAGUUUUUCUACAUGUCCAUUGAAAAAGUGUACAGUAAAUACUGCUUUAGCUGGCACAUACAAAGUAGCCAAAGUUCUAGCUUGUCAGUUUUGUAGUAUGGUGUUUUACAUGACAAUAUCAUGAUAUCAUCUCGCCAAUCUGUGACUUUCUGUCUAGGCUAUUUUAAUGCCAUGUCACAUUAUUCAACUUUUCCAAGUUAUUUCCAUUCACAGCUUUCAUUUACAUAAUUUUAGCAGACAGAGGAAGUUGAAGAAAUGCGCCCAUGAAGCCAGUCAUGUAACAUGCAGUCUAACUAGUUUGUGACAAAAUCAAGCAGGUAGGAGUGCCUGUGUGUUCAUGAGAGUUGACAACCAAAGAAUGCUCAUCUGGAAGGACAAUGCAUAUAAUGCAGCAACAAGGAAUAAGCAACGCAGAUGUUUUGGACUACACAAACAGAAGAUGUCCGAUGUCUUGUGUUUUUUGUACUACAACAAAAUGGAAAUAUAGAAAAAAGGGUAGAGAUUGCAGUUGAACUCACCGUAGCUGUUGAUCCUUCAUACAGCAUUGGCUACAUCAGACAGUACAUUAUUAGCUGUCAGAAAAUAGAUUGAGCACGACUGUGCUAGAAGGUCAGCACACAGUCGGUAAAUGUGACGUGGGCAGUGAUUUUCAGUCGUUUAAACUGACAUGGCCCAGUGACAAGUCAUGACAUAUCCUAUGACUAGAAGCCAUGUAAUGUGACAUUGGCUUUACUUGCUGAUGGCCCCGCUAACUUUGGUGCCUGUGUUUUCACUUGGGAAGUGUUCAGAUCGCCCAGGCACUGACAUCCUGGGUGUAAAUUCUGUGUCCAAUCUGUAUGUCUAUAGAAUGUGCACAUUCUUGUCAUGUGCCGUUGUUUUUCUCCCGAUAUUUCAGUUUUCCACCCACAUCAGAAAAAAUUUUGCCCGUUAAAGAUCAAAAAUUUCAUCCAUGUGAGUGUGUGUAUAGGCCCUGCAAUAGGGUCCUGCCACACCCAGGGCUGGUUCCUACUUUGCACCCAGUGUUGCCAGGAUGGGUUUCUGUGGAUUUAAGAAUGCUAUGCUACUUCGGAUAGUAUCUUUUUCUUUUUAGCCCACCAAACCACAUGGAUAUCACAUUGUAAUAGGUUCCAAAGUUUAUAGACUUGUACCAGCCUUCUCUUGAAGGUGUUGUUUAUUGUAUUUGCUACUGUACUUUCUAUAAUCUUAAUGUCUGUCCAUAUGUAACAGAGUUAAGAAAAUAAUUUGAAAUCUGGUUAGACUUCUUAAAUUUCAAGUUUUGAAGCCAAAUAUCUUCAUAAAAACAAUGUACUGUUUUAACAUGCGAUUUUAUGCUCUCCGAUUCUCGAUCUGUUAGUGUGUGAAAAGCUCAGCUUUUGUCAUCUUCAUUAGCAAAUGUCCUGUUGAUUCAUGAAAGGCAGGCCAUUUAGGAAUGCAUGAAGUGUUUCAAAGUAUUUUUUGCUGCAUGCCAAGGAAUGCAGAAAAUUGGAAAAAUGUUGAACAGUUGAGCCAACAUGCACCUUUACAUUUAUUAUACACAAGCUUUGCUAAGAAUUGUUUAUAUAAGAUAAAGUAAUGAUAUAAUAAAAUGUAUCAGGUUUCAAGACUGAAGUCAUACCUAUCAAGUACAGUAUCUUGUAACUCUUUAAUGCUAUGUAAAAUCCACACAGAAGGCUUAGGUAUUUUCUGCAGCAAACACUUGAUACUUUUACAGGGGUAGCAUUUAAGUGAUAAGAACUGCUUGGUAUUUGCUUUGGAUUAAAAAGGAAUGCGGAUUCACAUUCAUAAGUUUGUGGGUUUUGGCAAUUAGCUGCAUUCUAUUCAUUUCAAAGCACUGAGCCCCAUGCCUUUGCUUAAUUGGAAUCGUUUAAACACAGUGGCUCAUUAUACAGUAUAUUUUGGUAAAGCUGUUGCAACUUGUGCUUUUCUGUCACAAAUAAAAACGAGAGAGUCAAACACAUGUAAGGAAAGAAGGAAUUAACUUUUACUUGGGUCCUGUCCAUGGUGUAACCCCUUGUUUCACAAAGUGUUGACUAUGAAAAGGCUGACAUGUGGAUGGAAAAAGAAUCUUCUUGAAAAUCUAAAAACGCCACGUUUUCGGAAUUAAGUAUUUGCUGAAUAUUUUACAAUAGUCUGUCCUUUUCUUGCAAUAGGGAGUUUUUUCCAAAGGUGCCUUAUGUGUAAAUUCUGUCACCAUGAUUUCUUAAAACAUACAACAGGCAUGAUAAAAUCACAAAGUAAUUAUGUUUUGACCAGUGUAAAUCUUUUUUUGUUUUGUAUUUUUACAUACCAAAAAUUGAUGCUUUCUUUUUUUUGUAAAAAUAC